UCCAAUCGUUUAAUUAUAACUUCGGUCCAAAGCGCGCACCCGUCAGCGGAGGAAAAGAGAACACAGAAGGAGGCAGAGAGACAAAUAUAGCCCAAUUAACCGAUUAUUUUUGAACCCCCGCACACAAGAUACAGCCAGGAUGUCAGAGGAAAAGCCAAAGGAGGGAGUAAAGACUGAGAACGAUCACAUCAACCUUAAGGUUGCAGGGCAAGAUGGGUCGGUGGUCCAGUUCAAAAUCAAAAGACACACACCGCUCAGCAAACUGAUGAAGGCAUACUGCGACCGACAGGGUCUCGCAAUAAGGCAGAUCAGGUUCAGGUUUGAUGGCCAGCCUAUCAAUGAGACGGAUACACCUGCACAGCUGGAGAUGGAAGACGAAGACACCAUAGAUGUUUUCCAGCAGCAGACAGGUGGACACUGCUAAGCUCUCCCCACCUCAUUUACGGCCACCCUCAGACCACACCCUCAGCCAACUUCACUGUCCCUCCCCUUCCCAUCGCUCUUCUCAGCCUGUUAUUAUUAUUAUUAUUAUUAUUAUUAUUAUUAUUAUCUUUAUUAUUAUUUCUUCAGUUGAGAUGUCUGUCAUGGUUCUUCGUCAGGUUUGUGAGGGGAGGGGGCCCCUCAGCUUUUAUGUACUGUCACAGCCAGGACUGAACUUUUGUGCGUGUCAACAGUCUCUCUGCUGCCCAAUCAGGACAACUUUCCUUCCAACACCGCAGGCUGCGAUUGGACCAACAGCGCGUCACAUGUGUUCCUGGUUAGUCAGUGCUUCUCAUUCACUCUCCAGUGAAAUCUUAGUAUCUGGUAUAUUGUCACAGUUUUUUCAUCCAUCGGGGUCGAAUGCAAGGUUCUGCAGGUUUUUGUCCAGGGUCACAGUCAGUAAGCAUUGAAUGUUUUGAAGUGGAAGCAUCAUCUGAACUAAACACACCCACCUUCCAUUUCACUUCGCUUUCAAGUUAUUUUUUGUCUGAACGGUGACUCCUGCUCUUCUGUCAAGAAAGGAAUUUUGAUUCUCUGCAUUUUAGUUGCUUUUGCUUAAGAGUUCUGCAAUGUUUGUUUGUUUUUUAAUCGUCUUUUAAGAUAAUUAACAUGCAGGGGGCUUGUUGAUUUUCCUGUUCAGGAGUCUCAGAGUGGAUGUUAGAUUAAGUUGUGGGGCUUGGAUCAAUACUCCAAAGACUGAACUUCUGUUUUAUAUUUGAUGUACUUGGAUCACUGUAGAAGCAAAUUGCAAGGUCUAAACCAGGGCUGUCCAAAUUUCUUUCACCGAGGGCCACAUACAAAAAAACCUAGACGUUCUGGGCCCCUCACUAGUUAAGCUAUCAAAAUCAAUCAUGUAGGUAAUCUAUUCUUGAUACUUGAAUAUGCUUUACAGCCCACAUCACAGCUCUCCGUAGGGUUUCAUUUAUUUGAUAAGCUCAUUCCUUAAAACAGGAGCCUCAGAUGAAUUAUAAUAAGGGGAAAUAUAAAGGGUAUAUUUCAAGCUUGUUAUGGAAAUAAGUUAUUGGACUUUCUCUCAUCAACUUGGGUUUGUUAGAAAAGGUUUUCAACUUUAAUUGACUGAAUUGAUUUGACAUUGGGCUUACUAACACAUGAUUACUACUGUGUAAUAUCUGUUUACAUAUACAUUUAAAAAGUACAUUAUAAGACAAACACAAGUUUCAAAUGUGGGCCAUAUGUCAUUAUACUUUAAGAAUCUGCUGAGGGCCGAUUCAGAAUGGACCACGGGCCGCAUUUGGCCCUCGGACCAUAGUUUGGACACCCCUGGUCUAAACCGCCACACUUUAAGGGAGUUUGUUUUUCAUUUGCUUCCUCUUUGACGUCAACUAAUUGAGAAAUCUUCUCUCUGGGUAUCUGUGAUUCAGACUUUUAUUCACUCAUCCAGAACAUGCCUGUUAAAGGGAUGGAGUAAAUGUUAUUUAUCCUUUGCUUGAAUUGGUUGUUGUCUAUCUUUAGCAGGAUGGUCUCUUAAUGUGGAAUACAUAACUUGUUUUCUUACCCUUUUUUCUGAUUAAGCUGAUCAUGGCCAGUCCCUAAUGGUAUUCUUACACUUGCUCUGCUUGUUUGUUUUACAUUUUUUGUUGUAAUAACUGAAAGGUUGUUACUCAGUGCUGUUAUUGAGUCAGCUCCCUGCAUUGUCUUUGUAAAUGUAGACUCAUGAGACAAACAAUUCUAAAUGUGUUUUGAAGAAAGUCAGCUCCCAUUUUGAGAGGGGAUAUCCAAAAAAAGUCAGUUUCUGCCAACUCAUUUUGAAAACACUUUUCGCUGCUUUGUCAACAAUCAAGCUUUUUCCUUUUUCUUUAUAAAAGUUUGAGGUAAUAUGUUCAAAAGCCUGACUGAAGAUCGACAAACAGUAAGGAUAUCUUAAGUGGUAAUGAGUGUCUCCCAUAUUUUACAGUCCAUAGAAGGAUGCAUUCAGUUUGUUGCAAAUUGGGAGGGCAACCAAUGGAGUUUGGGAGAUGUACCCACACGGCCCCGUUCUUCAUACAGUUACCUGAGAUGUGAUUGUUGAUGCCCUGACAUGAGCUUGGAUUUCUCAGUUCAGUCAGGAAAAAGUGUUUUUUGAAUCAAGUUUUUUUCACACGAUCAUUUUCUGUUCAGAGUUGGAACAUGAUGAACCAUUUUCACCUUUUCCAAAUUUAAUUUAUUUUCAGAUAAGACUACAUCUUUCACGUACUCAUUGAUUGUAACUCAGUGUUUGAGUCAGUUACUCAUACAAUUUGACACUGAAUUGUUAUUUACAUUCGAGCAACACUGUUUUCUUUUUUUUUAUUUCAUAUGUUUAAGUCUCCCAUUUGAGAUAUGUUUCCAUACCCGUAGAUGUAGUUUUGCUCAGCCACAUUAGAAAGGAGCUGUCCUUUUUUUUUAGUAAAUAAAUUGUAGUCCAAAUCAAGUUUCAGCUGUAUUUUUGUAUGCAUUCUAUAUAAAUAAAAACUAAAUGCCAAACAUUAAAUGUUUUUAAUUAAUAUAAAACAUCACUGUUUGAAAAGCUUCACUGUAUGCCACCCAUUCAAAUAUUCACUAAGGACUUCCCAACUUUCAUCCUUCCCACAGUGAUUAACAACAAGCCUCUGCACAACCACAUCACAAGUAUUCAUCCUGGUUUUAGCUUUUUUUUUCUCACCAAAAAAGAGCACAGAUAUCAAGACAGCCUUCCCCUUGCAAUUGAAGAACUGAGUUAGCUGGACUAAGAUUUUUUUAAGCUUGGCAUGAGCUAAGCCUUGUUAUGUAUGAAGAACGGGGUCUGCGUCUUGUCAUGUUAUUUGCUUCUCUACCGAUUUGUACAUUAUUUGUGGUCUUUUACUACUGUAUACAAUAAAUAUAGUUUGGUACUCAGA